UUGAUUUUAGCGUUGUAUCCCAGACUACCAAGAAAAUAUUAGCAUAUUAAAGACGACCAGUUUGAUGCGUUUGUUAACACACUGAUCAGUUAAAUUGAGAUAGUUAACAUAACAUAAAUGCUAUCUAAGUAAUGCGGUGUGAGGGGAAGGAUUAAAAGUAUUAUAAGUACGGAAAACGAGGCUUGAUAUUUUAACGGUGAGUGUAUAUUCCGCUAAAAUACAUCCGCCAAACGACGACACGCAGUAAUACACAAAUCAAUGUAGUCAGUACAUUGACGUUUAUUUAUAUUGCUGAUUUUAUUGAUACAGGAACAUUUACUUGUGAAUACGGAUGAUAACACACUGUUUAUUUUCUCUUACAAAUAUGCAUUGUAAAUAUUGAAGAAAGGUUUAUUAUAUUAAACUGAAGACGGAUCCAAUAUGUCGGAAAAGGGAAGUGAUUUUCCUGAGCUUGUUGAAUUAAAUGUUGGUGGUGUAUUUUACACAACUUACCUUUCAACAUUAACCAAGGAAAAAGAUUCAUUACUUGGACAAAUGUUUAAUGGCUCGUCAAAAACUAAAAUUGUCAAGGACAGUAAAGGGAAAUAUUUUAUUGACAGGGAUGGAGUUCUCUUUCGGUAUGUACUUGAUUAUUUAAGAAACCAGAAACUAACAUUACCAGAAAAUUUUCAUGAAAAAGAAAGACUUAAACAGGAAGCCGACUACUAUCAGUUACCAAGCUUAGCAAAGUCAAUAACCAUAUCACUUCCAAAACUUGCUAGCAUAUCCAAUCGCAUUCCACCAAUCGCUAAUAGUAACUCACUCUCUCCUAUUUCGGGAGAGAGCAGGGUACCAGCAUACAUAACUCUGGGAUACAGAGGAACUUUUGCAUUUGGUCGUGACGGAUUGGCUGACGUGAAAUUCCGGAAGUUAAGUAGGAUUAUUGUUUGCGGCAAAGUUUCUGUUUGUCGAGAAGUUUUCAAAGACACUUUAAAUGAAUCACGUGAUCCAGAUCGCGGUGUCGAGGACAGAUAUACUGCGAGAUUCUUUCUAAAGCAUACAUACUUGGAGCAAGCUUUAGAUCAACUUGCAGAAGAAGGGUUUAAAUUAGUUGGAUGUUGUGGAUCGGGAACAAACAACGUUGGAGAGGUAAAAGCCGGAAUGGACACGGAGGAGGCCCGAUGGCAACACUAUAACGAAUUUAUCUUUGAGAGAUGUUAAGUCGGGCAACGAUAUUUGUGAUGAUCAACGAACCGUGACUUGGAGA